AUGAAAAUAAUAAAUAGUAAUAUUGAUGAUGGUGAUGUUAAAAAAGGUUUAACAAUCUCUAAAUUAAAGAAAAGACAAACAUUAUCACAUCUGAUACAUCAGCAGCAGCAACAAUUACAAGAUCAUAAAGAAAAUUCACCGAAGGAACAAGUAAAUGAUGAAUCGACUAAAUCAUGGCAAAACUCUGAAUCAUCUUCAUCAUCAGGUUUGAUAUUAUCAGAAGGGAAAAUAACCAAUGAAGAUGAAGAAUUGUUAUCGAAAGCCAUGGACGAGAUAAAUCAAGCGCUUAAACAAAUUAAAGUUGAAUAUGUUGGUGAUUUGGUAGUUCCUUUAACAUGGGCUAAUUCUGCACCUAUUAAUAGUAAUAGUACACAGGGAUGA